AAUAAAUUUAUGCUACUAUCUUGACAGAGCCCUGAGACUCAGCCAUGGAGAAAGAGAAAGAGAAAGCUAAAACUUCUUCCCCUGACACUGUUCUUGAGGAUUUCUUGAGAUCAUCAGAUUCUCAGACAGAUUCUCCGAAAGCAAGUACUUCAGAAUCACCUAUACAAAUUGAUACCAAACCUCCUUCCAAAAAAUUGGCCGAUUUUUUUCAGUUUUUCAGGCUGAAGUCCAAGGCACAGCUAUCCACAUUGCAGCCCCUCAGUGCCUUUAAAUUAUCCAAAAGGUUCAGCAGUAGCGUGAGGGAGGAAGUUGGCCGACCCUUAAUCGAUCCAAAUUUGAACUAUUUUAAGCCUCAUUGGAAGAACUUUAGCUUCUCUGAGCUCCAGGCUGCUACCAGCAACUUCUGUCAAGGUUAUUUGAUUGGAAAGGGCGGCUAUGCCGAGGUAUAUAGGGGUCGUUUGAAAGGCGGGCAGCUCGUUGCUGUAAAGCGUUUGAUAAAGGGACAUACAGAAGAUCGAAUAGGGGAUUUUCUCACCGAGCUCGGGAUAAUGGCGCAUGUGAAUCAUCCGAACACUGCAAAAAUGAUCGGUUAUGGGGUUGAAGGUGGAAUGUACUUCGUGCUCGAGUUUUCUCCCAUCGGAAGCUUGGCUUCCAUGCUUCACAGUUCAAGAGAGAAGGUGGAGUGGAACAUUCGGUACAAGGUUGCGGUGGGGACAGCUAAAGGGUUGUUGUAUUUGCACGAGGGUUGUCAGAGGAGGAUUAUCCAUCGAGAUAUUAAAGCUGCAAAUAUCUUGCUUACAGAGGAAUUCGAGCCUCAGAUUUGUGACUUUGGACUUGCGAAAUGGCUGCCCGACCGGUGGACCCACCUCACUGUUUCGAAAUUCGAAGGAACUUUUGGUUACUUAGCACCAGAGUUCUUGAUGCACGGUAUUGUUGAUGAGAAAACCGAUGUUUUCGCAUUUGGGGUGUUGCUGUUGGAGCUUAUCACGGGCCGUCGAGCGCUGGAUCAGCAAAGCCUUGUUAUGUGGGUUUUGCUUCUUCUAAGAGGCAGCUGUGGCAGCCUAGAAAUGAUAAAAAAUAGCAAGAAGCUAUCGAGCUGGAAAAGGUAUUAUAAGGAGCUGUUUAGCGCAGAGAAGUACAAUACCACUUUAAAUCUCCGAGCACAGUUGGCCAUGGAAGCUUAGUCGGUGUAUUUCUUGAUUCUUGGCUUUGGUUCAUAUUAUCAUUAGGAAAAAAAAUAAAAAAACAAACAAUUUACUUCAGGUUUUUCAAUGUUGAUGAAGAAUAUGAUAGACUAUAGUAAGUUAAGGUCCAUGUUAUCUCCAUCUUGUAAAAUCAUGAUAAAGAAUUAAUGUUCUGUUACCGGGUCGGGCCGGGCCCUUUGACGAUUUGGUUGUGGGGACAUUGAAUCUUUGAUUAGAGGUCCCUUUCUUCACAUGUUCAAGAGAUGCUAUUGCUUAUGUGCUUUUUUU